GAAAUAUCAUAUGUACAUAUUUAAAUAGCCACAUUACAAUAGUGCGAGGGUAUUGAAUAGUGACUAGUAGCUCGAAAGCUGCACGUAUUGUCCACAUCCUUCGUGAUAUGAUGGUUUAUGGAACGUGAUGGGGGGCAUCAAUGAGCUUGACCUAGCCAAGCAGGGGGCAAAACUCCUGCAAAUUGACCCCAACCAACCGACAAAAGAAUUGGAAUGGACAAUUACGACUUUAUUCAGACUAGUGGAUGGUGAAAAGAACGGCGUGAUUCCAGCUAAAAAGUUAGAGGAAACGUUCGUGCGAUGGGGUCUAUCGACUGAGUAUGCAUCUUUACUAACAGAGUCGUGUGACCAUGACCAUGAUGGGCUUGUCAAGUUCUCGGAUUUUCUCAACUUCUUCCACCACAAAGAAAUACAAAUCAAAGCACUAUUUGAUGAAAUUGAUACUUGUAGCAACGGCAAGCUAACUGUACCCGAACUCAGAGAUGCCCUUUUGAGAGCGGGAGUGCAAAUAUCUAGCUCGGAUCUCAACGUCUUCGUAAAGAAGAUAGAUAAGGAUCAGAAUGGCAUCAUUACAUACGACGAGUGGAGGGACUUCCUACUUUUGUUCCCACUCGACCCGGACUUGAACAAUGUUUAUCAUUGGUUCGCAACGGUAUCUAUGGUAGAUAUUGGUGAAGGUGCAGUCAUUCCUGAAGGCAUAUCUGCCAAAAGCGCGUGGAAAUACUUCUUGGCUGGUGCAGUCGCGGGUGCAACUUCAAGAACAGUUACAGCACCUUUGGAUAGACUUAAGGUGCUGCUGCAAGUAUCCGCAGGUCCCAUGCAAGGUGGAGUGCUCCAGGGCCUACGUAAUAUAUAUAACGAUGGUGGAUGGAGAGCAUUCUGGCGAGGGAACGGGAUGAACAUCAUCAAAAUCACCCCUGAGUCGGCUGUCAAGUUCUACACCUACGAAACGGUCAAAAAUUUAAUCUGUGAUGACCCACAGAAGAUGAAAAUCUAUCACAGGUUAGUAGCCGGUGGAAGUGCGGGCAUGGUCAGUCAAGUGGCUAUCUACCCCAUGGAACUCAUCAAAACCCGACUGAUAACCCAAAAGGUCCCUCUGGGUAUUGUGGGAACUUUCAAUACCAUAGUGCAAAAGGAGGGUCUACGUGCCUUCUAUAGAGGCCUGGCCCCGGCCGUUAUUGGAGUUGUACCUUAUGCUGCCAUCGAUUUAGCACUUUUCGAGAGUAUGAAAAACAAGUAUAUGGAGAUGUAUAAUCUGAAGAAGCCCAGUGCUCUUUCUCUUCUGUGCUUUGGUACCAUGUCUAGCACUGUUGGCGCGACCAGUGUCUACCCUCUGAAUCUGGUACGAACCAAACUUCAGGCUGAUACUAAGGGGAGGUAUAGUGGCGCCUUAGAUUGCGCAAGACAGACAUUCGCAGAGAGCGGGGUGCGUGGAUUCUAUCGCGGACUGUCAUACAACUUGUUAAAAGUAGCUCCAGCCGUCAGUGUCAGUUAUAUAGUUUACGACAAGGCCAAGUCUGCCCUCGCAAUAACGUAAUCGUAUGAACAAUUACAUAGAAUUGGAAAAUAAUGUACGCUUAUCAGUACAUAGCCUUCCUGAUAGACAAUGAUCAGUAAAAAUAUAUUUUUC